AACGAAGUUGAAAUCCCUUAUUCACUCUAUCCUGGUAUGGCUGCGAUACUUAGAAUUAAAAUGACUCCAAGAACUUACCGUGACUGUGUAUUACAAGCAUAUAGAUUUAAUAGUCAAGAUGCAUUGGACCAGGGACUGGUAGAUAUAAUUGCUUCUGAAAAUGAUAUACUACCUAAAGCAAAAGAAUUGGCUUUUAAAUGGUCAAAAUUUGCAAGGGCAAGGCCUUUUUAUGGAAUGUUGAAAGAAGAAAUGUAA